ACAUUGUACAUACAGCAGUUUGAAAUUACUUGUAUAACAAUAUAUUAAAAUAAAUCAACAUGUCUGCUAAGCUAUUCGUCGCGUUGUUUGUUGUUGCCUUAACCUCAGCCGCGUUCGCGCAGCCCGGCCCAGUCGGCCCAGGUGGUCCAGGUGGACCAGGUGGUCCAGGUGGUCCAGGAGGCGCGUGGCCUGGCGUGUGGUCUGGCGCAGGCGGAAUGAACCCCUGGAUGCCAUCCUGGCUCUACAUGCAGCCCUGGUACCCGCAGUGGAGGGCUUGCACCACCAUCGGAGCUUCCUGCGUCGACUGCAACACGCGCCAGGUCUGCACCAAGGUCGGCGGUCUCCAGAAGGCCUGCACCGACCCCACCCUCCCCUACUGCGACCUGGGCCAGUGCUCCGCUACCCCCUCCGCCGAGUGUGCGCCAGUUCCCGCUACCAAUGCCUAAUUUUCAAAAAUGGAAUACUCAUGAGUUCUUAAUUUAAUUUUUCAAGAAUGGAAUACUCAUUUAAAAUGUAAUUUCAAACCCUACCAUGUCCCUUCGGGAAUCUAUACAGUCAAGUCACUAUUUAAUAAAGUUUUUGCAAUUAA